UCCGUUAGAGGUUAGUUUACUGUUUACUUGCGUUUAAAUUUUUGUGUUCAAAAGUUUUAAUGUUUUGCAGUCUCUAUUUGAAUGUAAGAGUCCAUGUCCAUGUAAGAUAGAGCUAUUAGUGAGCCCAUUAAAUAUACCAUGAGUAAAGAAACCGAAGAUACUUUGCCAGUUUGGCAUAAAAUUUAUGAAGUAAUAUCUGGAAGCAAUAAAAAUGUUAUUCCUCAAAUAGUAGAGGAGGCUCUAGAAAUAUGCAAGCACAAUCUAGCCAAAGUUUUGCUGAAUUAUGACAUGUACACUAAAGAAAGCUUCAGGGAGUGGCAAAAGACCUCUGAAUCCAUGCUUCUAGCUCAAGAUGAUGAAAUAUCUAACUUUAUCCAUAGAGUCUCAAAAGAACUAGAUUUGGAUUCUACCCUAGCUUGGUCAAUCAUCUGUAAUUUUUUAUUGUAUGAAUAUAUGGGAAAAGUUGAUGAUCUAAAAUCAAUUAUCCGCUAUGAGGCCAACAUAAAAUCUAUUAUAAGUCAACUCUGGCAGUUCUACACUACUGACCGCAUGUUUAUGCUCAAAUCUCUUCGCUUCUUAUUUGAAAAGAGUUUGGAUGAAAACUUCAUGUAUAUUGAAAAUGUCAAGUCAUUUUUUCGAGCGAUUAGUAUAAAAGAGAUGUGGGAGAAUUCAAAAAAAAGCUUUCAGAUUCUCAAGACUGAGGUGUCCACUGAUAAAAUCACUAGAAUUGAUGAAGAUGCUGUACCUCUGUGGGUGCAAAGAAAUAAUAGGGAACAAAUUGAAGUCUUAUUGAUUAUGGUUCACCUGUGUGAAGUAAUGGAGCUUAGUGGAGAUGAAUUGGUAGAUGUGUUAAAGUUGUUCAUGGUGGAUGGCUUUGGAAGACACCCUUUCUUCUUAGGAGCAACAUCAUUGUCAAGAUCUGAGGAUUUAGUUGAUAUUAGAAAUGCAGAAAUUGGUGUUGUUAUAACCUUAGUUAAAAGAUUUUGGCAAGACCCAGAAACAUUUAACAUGCUCCCAAAUAAUGUAGAAAAAUCAAUGAAAGAUCAUCAAUUACAAGGGGAUAAUAGCUCUAUUUUGUUCAUUUGGAAUGUGUUUAAAUGCACACUUGAUCCUGAUGAACAUGCAGAUGAAUGUAAUGAUUUAUUAAGAGUUUUGAUAGACAAAAAGGUUUUUGUAUAUUUGGCUGAAUUUCUUGCAUCCAAUUUGUUCAAGGAUAAUAGGCUGGAAGAAGUAGUAUUUAGAGCAUCACACAUAAUGUUUAUUGAAUUCACAGAUAUAGUUCAUGACUAUCGGUUUAUUUAUGAACAAGAUGGGUUUAUUAAAGUGUUAUGUGAAUUAUAUAAAAAGCCUUAUUUAAAUGCUCUGACAUAUUUAGGGAAAUAUUUUGAAAUUGGACUGGAUAUGUUUCCUUUUAUGUUAGAUCAUUUUUUGUGUAUGGUUGAGGCUGCUUUGGAAUCCAAUGAGUAUUAUAGUAAACUAAUGAAACUACUUCAAAAUUGCCCAACAUAUUGCACUGAGCUUGCUUGGCCCUACAGUUCAGAUGCCUUUAAAAUGACAGAAGAAAAACCCCUAUUUGCAGGCUCACAAAGAUUUAUUAUCCCCAUAGGAACUUUAGCUGAAAAGUGCAGCUGUUUUGGCUUCGACGCGUUAAAGUAUCAUUACAAAUUCAAUUUCUUUGAACUGGUUGAUCAGCUGAUUAAAUCACUUACCAUGUGGGCUUACCGUAAAGGAGACUUCAAUAAGUUAAUUUUUGACUAUGUUAUUAGAGCAAACAAGUUUUUAACCCAUAUAGUGAGAAAUUAUAAAGGGAAUUUUCGUGAAGAUACAACCAUAAGGCCAUUGCUUCAAAGAUUAGACUGUGUUCCCACUUAUUAUAAUAAAGGAGCCUUUAGAAAUUAUGAGUUUUUUAAAGUAUACUUUGAAGCAAAAUGUGCUAUGAUUAAAUGUCAUAAUAUUGAAAUGAAUGAAGCAUUCCCUCCUGAAAUAAGAAAGUUUCUGUUUCCAUUUGUAGUGGAUUAUAAGGAUGUGGAAAAAUUAAAUCUAUUGCAAACAAACAGUGAUUGCAUAUUGUAUGGAUUUCUUAAUGAGGAGCAGGUCAUGAGUGAUCAUUCUCUUGCUUUAGAAUAUGUUGAGUUUAUUUUUGAUAUUUUAAGGAAAAAUAAGCCCCAUGAAGAUAUUGUAUAUAGUGGUGUGUGGUACAUCUUGACUAACAUAUUCCCUUGCAUUAAAAAGUGGCUUUUUGAAGAUGCAGAACCUUUCCAGCAACUCAGAAUUGUUAAUGGUUGUCUCAGGGUAUUUAUUCAUGUUCUUAACAAACAUUCUGACAAUCAAAUAACCACAGAGCAAAAAGAAUUAUUAACAUUGGUUCAUGAUAGUUUCCUAAAUAUGCCCAACAUAAUUAACAGUUUCUAUAAUAUAUUUGUUAAGGAUAAAUUUUACCUACCGACUGUAAUGCACCAAGAAUCGAACUGGUUGAAUGGAAAGUCCCUGGUAGUCCUGGACACUGUAAGACUGGAAUUGUUGACUUUGUUGCUCGUAUUUAAAUGUCGGACUCAAAUCCUAAAUUUGAAAUUCCCAAUUGACGAAAAGAUACAUUUUAUCGCAAUGGCUGCCAGUCGGUACUUUAUUAAUCCUUAUAACUCCACUUUGGCGGUUUUGGCUGGGAGGUUUUUAGAAAUUUUGGCCAAGAACGAGAACAUUCCGCUACUGUCCUGUCUUGGUUUAGAUUACGACCAAGUUCAAAUCUUGUUCUUAGAAAGACUAAGGGACCCCAUGGAAGAUGAACAAGUCAAACUAAAUAUUCUUAACAUUAUAAAUACGUGUAUUAAUCACCAAACUGGCAUGACCGCUGCCUUCUUUAACAUCCAGGCUUCCAAAAAAUGGUAUAAUCCACACGUAAAAAAAAUCGAUGGAGAUACUGUAGGGGAUUUCAUGAUGGAUUAUUUAAAAAAUAUUAAAAAGUCACUGAUUUUUUUAAAGUGUCCUUUACAAGUCGGCAUAUUACAAAUAAUGGCAAGCCUUUGGCAGAAUCAAAAACAACAUUUAAUCAAGCACAUUACAUCAGAAAAAGACUUCUGGUCUCUGCUUGUAGAUCCUCUUUUUAAACCCUUUGAACAGGCACCGGUAAUAUAUUCAUAUUUGAUAAAAAUAUUGAGUAUCCAGCUUAUGAUGUCCCUUAAAAAACCCAAUGAGGAUGAUGAAAAGUUUUAUAAAGCUUUGGAGGGUUUUUUGUGUUCCUCCAAGCAACUUAAGUUGUUUCAGGAAUAUUUGUUAAAGAUCUUUCUAAAUAAGAAUCUUAAAGAAGAACAAUUGAAAGAUCGAGAAUCGCUUUUAUAUGCCUGGUCGGAGCUGUUAGCCACUGUUAAUAAGCAGGAUAAGAUCAAAUAUUUCACUGAUGAGCAAAGCAAAUAUGCAUUUUUAAAACUGGCCUUUCUUAACUUAGAGAAUCCAGUAGUUCAUAAAAACAUUUUUCAUUCUUGGUUGCAAUACAUUAUCGUAGCUGUAGACAUGUUCCGGCUUGAUUUUAAGGACCAUCACAAGGAGUUGGCGGAAAAAGCGAUAAUUUUUACGAGAAUAGUCGGAAAGAAAUAUAACACUCUCCCAUUAGCUGACAAAAGCGCAUUUUACACAGUAGUUUUAAGAAUUAUUCAAGACUUAAAACCUUUUUAUGAAAAAUUCCCUCAUGAACUCCUACAUUUCCUAGAUAGUAUUGGAUCAAUGGUGGACACAGAACACACCAUUCUAGAAGACCAAGUUUGGGAAAAGUUUAAAAAAGGUGACAUAGAAGCAAAAGAGUGGCUGGCCCCUUGGGUGAUGAUCAUUUUAAUAGCCAAUCAUCUUUUAUCGCUUAAAAACUGCGAAGAAUUUAAACUGUGGUUCGCUUAUAGAAAAUACUUGCAAAAAAUAACGGCCUGCACUUCUGAGCUCUUAUCGUUCAAACAAAAGGAGACUUUGCAGGCGGGAAAAAUGGCACUGUAUAGUUUGACUUUGUAUGUAAAGUCACCAUUGGCAUAUGACUUUUUGGAGUUACGAUUGCCACAUUUUUUCGAUAGAGUCGAGCCUAUUAUUAAGGAUUUGUUGUUUGGGCAAGUUGGCAAGGAUAUGUACCAGACUAACGUUAUCGACAUAAAAGAAGGCUGGAUGUUCUUCAAUUUGCUUUUAAAAUUCAUGCACGCAUACAUACAAAAAUUCCAAAAAUUGGCCUUGGACACAUGCUAUUCAUUUUUAAUGUUAAAUGAACAAAUAAUGAGACACGCGCUAAAUUUGCCUGAAAGCACCGUCGAUUUGGCAGCCUUGGAUUUGCUCACAGAGGUACUGCUGUUUUAUAUUGAGGUUGUUGAGAACUGGAAAACUGAAUGGCACAGAAAACAAUCACAUACGUUUACAUUUAUGAUCGAUGGUAUCAGGAAAACCAUCAAUUCUUGUAUAUAUAUUUGUUUAAGGCCGAAGCAUAUAGUAUUUUAUUAUUUAGAUGACUAUUACCGUCUAAAUAUUUUAGACGAAGACGCCGAGUGUGUUAAUGAGUUAAUGAUUUGUAUCAUCAACAGGCUAAUAAAUAUUCUAGGAUUAGGUUUUGAGUGCCUUUAUAAGUUAAACGCAAAUGUGUUAGAUCUGUUAGACGUUCAUAUGCCUGACGAGUCCCCAAUUAUAUUAAUAGAAAAUGAUUUUAAUGUGCCUAAAUUUGAACUCCCCAUACCAUGUGAGCUGACUUAUGGCAAACUGUUGUGUCUUUCACACUUCCUUUGCAAGACCAUUGGGCAACUACAUGCUAAAAGGCAUGAGAUUGAUAGAGAGAAUAAUAAAUCAGGGAAAAAUCCAAAGCUGGAAUUUGAUGAAAACACUUAUAUUACUUACAUCGGUUUGGUAGAGCAUCAGAAUCCCAGUGAAUUCCUGCCUGACCAAAAACUGAGUUCGUUUUUAAGAUAUUUAUAUGAAUAUUCAGGUCUUAUUGAUCCCUGGAUCAAUAACCUUAAUAUCCAGAAUGUUCGAAGAACCGCGGAUCAAUUAAUGUUAUUUAUUGGUCAACAAGCCUUUCUGACUAUCAAAAUCUUAGACCCGAAUGAACUAACGAGUUUCAAACGCACAUUGUACGGAGAACUUCAAUUUUUCCAAGAAUAUGUUAAAAAGCAAACGUCAGAAUUACUUAUGGAGGAGAAACCCGCUACAAGCCCCUCAGUGAUUUCCAUUGAGAUGGAUUGCGCAAGAAGAUAUUUAACUUUUAAAAAGCAACAAAAAGCCUACGAUAAGGUUGUUGAAGAAAAUUUUCUACUGAUGACAGCAAUGUGGUUUUCAAAUAUAUGUCAACUUCAAUGAUCUCGAAAAUCAGCCUGAAAGUGAUUCUAUAAUUUAAACAUUUUGUACCUUAUAUUAUGAAUAACUUAUUUUUAAUAAAUGAUUUGUUUUUUUUGUA